AUGAGCUCUUUAGCUUUUGUUACACAUCCUAGUGUAAGAAUAAAAGGCACGGAGAACAGCUACACACCAAGUCAGUGCCUUGAUGAACGAUGCCCAGUCAAAGCUCCACACCUGCACUGCCCUUUCUGUGUGAAGACAGACGCUUAUCAGGACCCGGUCAUACUGAAGGCACAUUACAGAGUUAAGCAUGUGGAUAAAGGGAUUGAAUUUGCAGGUUUAAAAAUACUCCGAUGUUGUGAUCAGUGCGAUAUCAUAGGAAUAAUCAAAGGAGAAAAGAGGUUCAAGGGAGCUCAUUGGCACUGCUACCGCUGCAGGAAUGGUUUCAACAGACGCGACGAAGCCAUUAAACAUUACAAGACACAUUUCCGAAACCCGCAGACUACCUUCCAAAUUCAAAUUACUCAGGAUCUGAAUUCCCCACCUGAGGUUAGACCUCACGAGGAACUGAGUGUCAGCCAAGAUGCAUUUGCUUCCAUUGAAAACCCCAUCCAGGAGAUAAUUCAUCCUUCCCUCUCCCAGACAGGCAUUACCACAGAGCAGAAUGUGAUAACAACAGGGACCAGACGGAGCGUCGGCGGCGUAAAGAAGAUUAAAGUGAGACACGAGCUUCUAACCAAAGACGACUCCGGGGACCACGAGGAUGAGGAGACCAUUAUGAUAAUUCAGGGCGACCCGGAGUCUGCAUUCGCAAACCAUCUUCUGAGUUCAGGGGAAUUAACUGUGUUGAACAGAACCGUUGACCCGAACCUAUCCUGGGAAAUCAGGUUUCGCCUCGAAGAGGAAGAGAAAAACAUUUACAAAGCAAAAGCAGAAGAAUAUAAGGCACAGGUAGAGCUUCUGCAGCAGCAAGUGGUUGACUUGGAAGCACAGUUGGCUCAGCAGAACCAGUUGAAGCUUCAGGAGCUGGCUGACAUCUUAAACUCUGGAGAUGUCAGCAAGCAAGGGCUGGGCCAGCAGCUGAUCAAGUUCCUGGAGCAGUGUCAGCUGCAGACCCAAGCUUCUAUCACAGUUCUCGAAGAUGAGCCUGACAAACAACACGAACACUUAAAACAUGAAGUCAGCAUACUCCAUGAGUUGGAGCAUAACCCCAGUGCAUUAGCGGAUUCACUGAAAGCCGUGCAUUCUCAUUCACAACACUUGGAUGCCGAGGGAAACACUGUUACUCAUUUAAGCGAGAUUCCUGAUGGCUAUCAGGUGGUUUGUACUACUUCUGAAGGGCAUGUGGUGGUCGCUCAUGCAGCAGACGCAGCAGUCACCUCCCCGUUGUCUGAAGGGGAGGGGAUAUCGUCUGCAGAGUGUAUAGAUGGUUGUAGUUCGGCAGCAGUUUCUGAAAGCAGCGAAGUGUUGUUUACCCAUGUCAUUGGUUCGCACAUAAAACAGGAAUUGCCAGAUUUAUCCGAUGCUGGUGUUAUGGCUCAGGUGGGUGGCAGAGAGUUGUCAGAAGUCACCGACGACCAUGGCUGCUUACUGGAGGUCGUGGCAGCCGCAGACGGACUAGCAUCAUUGGGAACGGAUAUUGCUGUUGUCACCAGCGGGUCUGAAUGUCAUGAACACCAGCCAGAGUUUGUCGAAGGCGUAGACAAAGAGCGAGUGACUCUAAUCACAGAAGAAAAUAAUUUAGAAGUAGGAGAACAAAUCGGCACAGAGCACUCCAUAGAAACAGAACCGCCAGCAAAAAGGCUCAAAAUGACAUGA